CCCUCCUCCACCCCCUGCACUGCUCUGGACACACACCCUGAUAUAGAAUGACAGCACACUGCCACAAUUUAAACAACGCUGCCUCUGCCUCUUCGGAAAGACAGGUCCUCCAGAGAGCACCAGCCACAGCAGCUGUCCACCCUUGCAAAAAACAUCUUCAUCAUGGCAUAUAAAGCAGCACAUUUAGCUUUUAAGUCGCGCUGGCAUAAGACAGACGAAGAACUCUGUCGGCACAGUAUGUCCUUUGUCUUGCAUAAAGCAAUCCAAAAUGACUUCUUUCAGAGUUACCUUUAUCUGCUGGAAAAGCUUCCUCUGGUGAAACUUUACGCUUUGACAAGUCAAGUUAUCAAUGGGGAGAUGCAGUUCUAUGCCAGGGCCAAACACUUCUACCAGGAGGUGCCAGCCACAGAAGAGGGCAUGAUGGGAGACUACAUUGAGCUCUCCAAUACAGACAUUGAAUCUUCCAAGGAGUUUCUCAGGAAGUUUGUUGGGGGGGUGGGGAAAGCUGGCACCAACCGCGCCCUGGACUGUGGCUCUGGAAUAGGUCGUAUCAGCAAGCAUGUCCUGUUACCAGUUUUUAAGAGUGUGGAAUUGGUGGAUAUGAUGGAGAAUUUUCUGGCUGAGGUCCCGAACUACUUGCAGGGCAAGGAGGACAGAGUAGAGAUGUAUUACUGCAAAAGCCUCCAGGAAUUCACUCCAGCCCCACAAAGAUAUGAUGUCAUCUGGAUUCAGUGGGUUUCAGGAUAUCUGACAGAUAAAGAUCUCCUGGAGUUUCUUAUCCGGUGCCAGAAUGGCUUGAAGGAUAAUGGUGUUAUCAUUCUCAAGGACAAUGUAGCCAGGGAGGGCUGUAUCCUGGACUGUCUGGAUAGUAGUGUGAUCCGAGACCUGAACAUCCUCCACAGCCUCAUUGAAAUGAGUGGACUCACCAUCCUGCAAGAGGAGAGGCAGGAGGGAUUCCCUGAGCAGUGUGUCCCUGUCUGGAUGCUGGCCAUGCAGAAAGGCCCUGGCCAUUCCUGAUUGCAUAGUGAGACUGCAGAGACUGGACUAUGGAUGAACCACAGGACUGGGAAGGAGAAAAGCAUCUGCUAGAAACCACCUAACCACGCAUUGCUACUACUACAACUCUAUAGCAGCAACUCUUAAAGGGUCAGGAGAGAAUUACAAUUGAGCCAGCUUCUCCAGCAAAUAGUCUACUUCUAAAUCCUGUCUCCUUCAUCAUUCUCUCCAUUUUUAAAAGCCUUUCUAAGAGCUUCUUGUCAGAUCUUUCUUUCAUUAAGAAGUUAAUACUGGACAAAAUGAAUUGAAAAGAAUUAGGUCUGAAGUCUCUGUAGUGGCUAAUGCCUUUUGGAGUGUUCUGUAUGAGGUGUUAACAAAUGAGCCUGAUUUUUACUAUGGCAUUUUAAUCUUCUUGGAGUUUAAGAAGGAUCUAUCAGAUCACUGAAGCAAGAAAUUCAAAUACUUCUGGAAAACCUAAUCCAAAUUUUGACUAUCAUCACUAUCUCUAAAUUAUUUAGACAAAAAAUAUAAGAAAAGUUUUAUCCAUUUGUUGGCAUCAGCUAUCCAUUUGGGGGGAGUUUUGUUUGGUUGAUUUUUUGCAUUUCUGUCAGUUUGGACAAUAGGACAGCCUGGCUAAUUUUCCAUUAACCUGAUUAAUUUUCCAUUUUAGUUCCAUUUAGGAACUACUUUAUUUUCCUGAGGUUUCUGCCAUAGAACAAUAGUGGCGCAUAACGGUUUUUACACUCCAGGAUAAAACUUAGAUGACAAAUAUAUGCAUGUUUGCAUUGAAAUUUUGUGAAAAGAUUUUCCCACAAAUUACAUUCUGGAAAAUAUUUUUUCAAAAUGUUCACAGUGGAAACCACUUGAAAGCUUCUCUGUAUUAUACAUACCACUGUAAAUUUCUUGCUUUCCCACAUUCAGAACAAGUCUGGCACCAUAUGCAGCUAACGGGAUUUCAUGGGGCGUUACUAGUAAGACUGUAAGAAUAACUAAUACAGUAUUGUAUUAAUUAACAACUCUACUAAACUGCAGAGGGUGUUAGUGUAACCCAGAAACAUCUAUGAUUUAUAUUCAAACAGCAGCUCUAGAAGCCUGGAUUUGAAAAUACUAACACAAAUACUAUCUCCUUAUGGUUCACAGAAAUUACACAUUAAGCUUCUCAUCCUUCUCAUAGAGGCACAGAAAGUGCUGUGGGAGGGCAGAAGUUCAUCUUGCAAAUAAAAUCGGAAUUUGAAAUUCUGCUUCAUUCUGAGUGGGGACAAGAAGGGAGAAUUUUGAAGGAAAACCACACAACCGCAGACUUUUCCAUUCAGACAAAAUCAAAUGUUUAUCUUGAAUUGGGCUUUUAAAAUAAUUUGCACUUUAAAUGUCAUUAAAUGCAGUAAAAAACAAAUUAAAUAUGGCUUGUUCAAAAUUCUGGAAAUUGAAUUAUGACAUUAGAAUAGACUUUUUUGACUCUGUCAGAAUUUUUAUCAUGUUUUAUUUUCCUGAAAUGCUAUUCUGGCAAAACUAACCAGCCUUUAUGUGUUGCAUUAUGACAAACCUCCACGUUCUGAUGGAAAGGGGUUCUAUAAAACAUCCUCCACAUGACUGUAGGCACAGAUGUCUGUCUUAAAUAUUGUCAUCUGUGUUAGAUUAAUUCACGUAGAAGCUUGAAGAUAACGAGAUCAAGGAACCUCUCAGCUGGAUUUUGAACACUCUGCCAUCCUUUGAUAACAAAUCUCCAGUUUUGGUUUUAAUUGCAUAACUCAUCUUCUCUAGCAGUAUGGUUGCAUAUGUUGAGAAUUUCCAGUUUAUGGCAGAGGGCUUCCUGCCAUCAAAUCUUAUCCAGUGAUUGUCCUCUUAAUGUGGCAUCACUAAUUGUAGCAUUAAGGAAGACAACCCUAGUGAUUUGGUGAAUAUUCUGGUGUGUCAUAUAACCAUGAAACCUAUAGUUCCCAUGACACAGAUGUGUCUGGAAUGUUUUGUCUAAUCUUUCCAUUCUAAUCAACUGGUAAUGGAUGUAAAUUUAGUAUUUAACAUUGAUAAAAACCUUAGGUGAACACUUACAUUCUGGAAUUGUCCCCAGAACUAAGUACUUCAAAUUCCCUUUAAGCUACUGUAAUACUUUUAUUCUGCUGAGGCUGCUAAAAUCUGGUGUGGUCUUUGUGUACAUUUGAGUAUGUGCAGAUAUUUGAAGGAAAUCCAGUCAUUUGGUUUACAGGAAAGAGGAAUCAGUCCUAUAGUUAGUAACACUGGUUAGCAAUAGCAGGAGAAUAUUUAAAAGGCCUUUACAUGGAUUACAAAUUAAUUUGCCCUUAAUAAUUUUUUAUUGCAGCCAGAGUCAUCUGUCAUGGUACAGAAUACUUGGGGAUUGCUGGAGAUCAUAGUACAAUCGUGCCUGUGUCAGGCAUGUCUGAAUGAUGUUGAUCACUACAAUGGUGAGAGAAUGGCAUUGUGGAAGUAGGAAGUAAACAAUUUUAUGCAAAUUUAAACAGCUGCCACAUCUCAGAGGGCAGAAUAUAUCAGAUGUUCACUUACACACCAGUGUGGGUGCCGUUCUGUCAAGAGAGAUACGGUUCCAAGAUGAAUAUAGGAAUGUAAAAGGGUUUAGGAUGAAACGUAGAAUAUAAAUGACUGGUACUGUUAUCAGUGAAAUACAGUUUUCAAGGCAAAAAUGGUCUUCCUGUGUUUUGUACAUCUUUCCUAUGCGUAUUUCCAAAAUACAUAUAUUUAAGCAUAUAAUGAAAAUUGGUUCCCUUAACUGUGUGAGAACAGAGACAAAUAAAGUGGCAAUUUACUAGAAAAACACAUAUUUCAUGGUUCCCACAUUCCUGGAAAUUAAUGUUUCAUGGCUACGUUGCUUCCACAGUAAAAUAUUAAAGCUUUUCUGGUGACAUGAUGAACCUCAAAAGUAAAGACACACCAGCCCUCCGGGGCUUACAUGCA